CUCUUAGAUACAUUUGACCUUUCCAAUUUUCAUGCAAUGUCCAAAGAGAAAGCCAACUUUUUUUGCCAGCUGACCAAAUCAUUCACUAGCUUUCAUCUUAUCUAUGAUAAGUUUGUUCGUGAAGUGUGCGCUCCAGCGGUUUGCGAAAUGGGAUACUGCGACGAAUUCUAUUACCAAGCUUUUCCUUGUAUACGAGUAGUGCGACCAAAUGAGUUUAGCAUCGGCCCCCAUGCAGAUGUUUCAUAUGGCCACCAUCCAUGCAGUAUAAAUAUGUAUGUUCCAUUGACACCAAUUGGCGGUACAUCUGCAUUGUUUCUCGAAAGUCGUCCCGGAAGCGAAGAUUGGCAUCCAAUUGAAGGAGACUACGGUGAGUGCUACCUAAAGCACUUUGCUGGUGCAAUUUGUACGCACUGGACAACAGACAAUAAAACUUUACAAACCAGAGUAUCACUGGAUUUUCGAAUCAUCCCUGGG